AUGUACUCGCCAACAUCCUACACACCCAGCAUCCCCCUCUCCCCAAUGGACCACCACCUCACCCUCUGCGCCCUCCGAAAUCCAAUAUGGGAAGCCUCGGCCUUCGCAACAGACAUGGAGAUAUCCCUCCUCAGCAUCCCCAACUCCCCCGUCUUUGCCGCACGCACGCAUCUCGACCGGUGGCGUGCCCGGCUUGAAGCUCAAACCCAACAAGUCUUCCAAUACGAUGUCAUCGAAGAAAUCACCUGGACGUUAUUCCACAUGUCAAAGAUCACCAUGCACGCCCCCUUACCCCUUUUGAGAAUCCACUCUGCCGCCCCCUCAGGCAAACAUCGUGAUGUCGACACGGAGAAGGUUGCCACUAAGCUGGGGAUCUGGAGGGGGAGUCCCUGUCCGAGGAUGGGUGUUAUCUCCUGCGCGGAAGUAUGCCAGUUGCUGAGCCGGAACCCUUUUGGGUUUGAUUCCAAUGCCAGGAGGGAUAAGCUUAACCCGCUGGCUACGCCGGCCUUGCUGAUGGCUGCCAUUGCGGUGUGCUCGUAUGCUGCGGGUGUUGGGCAGAAGCAGGGGGGUGGUUGUCCGGCGUGUUUACCUGGGCUGGAGCAUGAGCAGGGCGGGUGCGUGGAUAUUUUCGCAGGGAAAUGUCCUCAGUCUCAGGAAAGGGUCAAGGAGUGGGAAGCGACGGGGAGGGGGUGGCCGGUUUGGGGAUCCUCGGGGAUUGUGUUAUGUCGAUGCGGUCUUGAUAGGCUUGGGGAGUGGUUCCAGCAGGAGGCGGUACUGGGGAGGGACGAGACUGCGAGGAGGGAGCUUGUGGCUUUUGUGGAGGGGUUGAAGUGCGGUUUUGAGUGA